GGCCAGAUUUUAUCUUCCGUUUCCAACUUUUAAUUGGCAACAGGAUUUGGGGGACUUGAUACGCGCAGAAUGUGUACGUUGGCCUAGGGAGCACGUCGUAGAGCCGCGAGAUGGGAGGCCACGGUGGUUUGAACAUUUUACCUCAGAAAAAGUGGAACGUUUACCGCCAUGACCGCCAGUACGAAGUAAAGUUUGACGAACAUCGCGAUAUCGAGGGUAAACUGCGAGAGAAGGAGUCUAGCAAGAGGUCUGGUCUCAAGAAUUCACUCGUUGAGCUCCGCAGAGAAGCACAGGCCUCCAAGAAUAAACACCAAGAGGAUCAAGUCUACACUGAAAAGGGAAGAAAGAGGAAACACGACUCGGAUAGGAAGCAUUCCGAUAGUAGAAAGGACGACGGGGAUUCCCGGAGUCUAGCAGAGGCUAGUCACAUUUCUGACGAUGAAGAAGAUGCAAGGCUAGUACUAGAGUUUGACAAAAAGGUUACUGGCCGCCAUAUUAACCUCUUUGAGGAUGCCGAAAGAGAGUUUGAACAGAGAGCUAAAAAGAGACGAGAAGAACUCAUCAAGAGCGGGUGCUACGUCUACAACUCCAAGGACAAGAAGAAUUUAAACAUUUAUGUAGAUGAUGACUCGGCAAAACUCGUUCCAGAUUUCAAUCGCAGACCAACCCCGUGGUAUAUGAAACCCAAGACGGACUAUUCUACCAAAAGCGCCGUAGAAUAUGAAGCUGUUGAACCGCAAAUUGCAGAAACAAGUAUCGGCGCAAAGACCAUAAAGGACCUGAGGGCAGAGAGAAUGGCCCGUGAAAGUUCCGAGAGGGAACGGGCUCUAGCACUAUUAGGGUAG